UAUUUGUUAAGUUUAUUUACUAUUGGUAGUAGUGUCGAUUUACUUCAUAUACUUCAAACCGUUGUUUAUUACAUCCGUGUAAAUAGCCGGUGGAAACUCAAACCCGUGCAUAUUUUCGUGUAAACAUAGAUACAACAGUUCAUUACGAGUAUAGGUUACAACUGUCUCAAGAAAUGGGCCGAGUUGGAUAGUAGAUCAAAAGAAAACGAAAAGAAGUCACGUGAUUUAAUAUUGAUAACUUAUAAAAACUACUUGUUUAAUUGUUCCAUAGGUGGACAACUUCUGUCAAACGCUGCCCUAUUAAAAAAAAACUUGUACUUCGUACUUGAAUUGUAAGCUUAGUUAUUCAAUACCUACCUACUAAAUGCUCCCUAAUUCAAUGGGUAAACAUAAUGGAAACCGAUUUUUGAAAACUAAAAGCAAUUUCCUCUCACAUUAGAGAGGCAAUCUAUUUCCCGGAGAAUCGAAAUGGCUCCUAUGCCACUCAAAGCCCGCAAACACCCGCUGAUACGAAUGUCAUAUUGAGCGCCGGAAUGAAAACAAUAGUUUCAUUGUUACCACAAACGUCAUUGAAAUAAUUACAGUCUGUUAUUCAAGAGCAUGCGAAACGUGCUAAUCUUUUUUGAAUAUUUGCGUUGGAGUUCCCGAGUGUUUGUUCUCCAAACAUGUAUCACUUAGAGACUGACGUCACCCGAUAGCGGAACUAUGAGUCUCGCCCAAUCUGUAUAAUUACUUAAACACAAUGGCCAGGUGCACGAAUGUUACGUUGGUGGCAGUCGGAGACCACGACAGCAAAAAGACGGAUUUGUUGUUGAAAUAUACCACGGACAAGAAGCUGAGGGACGAAUUUAAACCUUGCAUCUUUACGAAUAACGUGCAAAAUGUGGUGGUGGAUCGAGCACUUUACUCCGUUCAUUUUGUUAACGCCGAGAGUGAAGACGUCUUCAAAAGCUUGCGCUUGAAGGAUUACGAAAAGGCGGACUGUUUCCUCUUGUGUUACUCGAUUAAAAGUAGGGCGUCUUUUGAAAACGUUGCGAAGUGGUGUAUUGAAGUGAGGCGGUGUUUGCGUCACGUGCCCUUAGUCUUAGUAGGUUCCGCUUUGAAAUGUUAUCUAUGCGCAGGCUCGCUGAAAAGUGAUUGCAAAGUAGGCAAACAAAUAUCAAUGGUAGAGCAAGAAUGUCUCAACUUUCCGAAUUUCCAUGAUUUCUGCAUUCAGGGCACUAGCACUAAAACGGUCCGUCCGGAGGUAUUUAUGCGAGGAUGCGCAAUUAUUCCCAAGAAUGAGACGGAUCCGUGCAAAUAUCUAGCGAAUUUUGUACCUAUUUUGGGUUGUCAAUUUUGCACUACCGAUUUUUGCAAUAAGUGAAGGAAGAUGUAAAAAGAGGAUGGAACUGGAAACAGUAAAUUGCUUCAACCUGGAAGGGAGAAAUUUCGUAUCAUCUCGAAAUGAUUCUGGCUGUACCUGAUGAUGGUUAUGAGGGGCUCUUUUUAUUCCGUAACCGUCAAGUAGCAAAGGUACGAAUUCUGUUCUUCAAAUUAACUCGCUUACUGGGUGUUCUUGGGUGAGGAAUUACCAACUUCAUAUAGGUUUGAGUUUCGCCAGCUUUUUCAGGGGCUGGGUGAAACCUACUGGGGCGUUUUUGGACGUGUUUAAAAAAAAGAGUGUAAACAAAAGCGAAUGG